GUUCUCAACCUCCAACCAACUCCGCCUCGUCUUCUCCGCCCAACUCCUCCUUCUCCUUCUAUUUCCCUCCAUUAACUAGUUUCUCAAUCGCCUCUCACCGCAUUCUGCCAAAUCCUCUGAUCGACGGCAAUGGCGUCUCAAUUCCUCUCGAAUGCCACAGUCUCUUCCCCCUUCUCUUCUUCCCGUCCUCGCCUUUCCCCUUUCGUUUUUUCUCGGCUCCCUUCUAAGCCCCUCCCUAAGCGUGUUUUCAUUGUCCGAUCCAAGAUCAGGGAGAUAUUCAUGCCUGCCCUCAGUUCCACCAUGACUGAGGGCAAGAUUGUGUCCUGGAUCAAAUCCGAGGGUGACAAGCUCUCCAAAGGGGAAAGUGUUGUUGUAGUCGAAUCUGACAAGGCCGACAUGGAUGUGGAGACCUUUUAUGAUGGCAUUCUUGCUGCUAUUGUUGUCGGAGAAGGUGAGACUGCCCCUGUUGGCGCCCCCAUUGGCAUUCUCGCUGAGACUGAGGAAGAUAUUGCUGAGGCUAAGGCCAGAGCCGGGUCGAAAUCUGCUGCUGCUGCUGCUAUUGCUCCCAGUCCCGCUCCUCCUACCUCCAAUCCCGCACCCCCAAUUUCUCAGCUAAAGCCCGCGCCUGCUCCUGCUGUACCUGUUGCGGAAGGGCCGAGGAAGACAGUUGCGACACCAUACGCGAAGAAGCUAGCGAAGCAGCACAAGGUGGAUAUCGCCUCCUUGGUUGGAACGGGGCCGUUCGGGAGGAUUUCACCGGCAGACGUGGAGGCUGCAGCUGGGAUUACGCCUUCCAAGACUAAUGUGGAACCUGUUGUAGUUGCGCAACCGACUGCCCCACCAAAAGCAGCUGCUGCUGCUUCUGCGCCAAGUAGUUUGCCUCCUCCAGUUCCGGGCUCUACUGUUGUUCCAUUUACCACGAUGCAGGCGGCUGUUUCCAAGAAUAUGGUGGACAGUCUUUCAGUACCAACAUUUCGCGUUGGAUAUCCAGUGACGACAGAUGCCCUUGAUGCCUUGUAUGAGAAGGUGAAGCCGAAGGGAGUGACAAUGACUGCUUUGUUAGCCAAGGCAGCAGCAAUGGCACUUGUUCAGCACCCUGUUGUAAAUGCAAGCUGUAAAGAUGGAAAGAGUUUCACUUACAAUAGUAAUAUCAACAUUGCAGUUGCUGUGGCAAUCAAUGGGGGCUUGAUUACCCCUGUUCUUCAGGAUGCAGAUAAGUUGGACUUGUAUUUGCUGUCACAAAAAUGGAAAGAGCUAGUGGAGAAAGCCCGGGCCAAACAGCUUCAGCCCCAAGAGUACAAUUCAGGCACUUUCACUCUAUCUAAUUUGGGCAUGUUUGGGGUAGACAGAUUUGAUGCCAUUCUUCCUCCUGGACAGGGGGCUAUCAUGGCUGUUGGAGCAUCAAAGCCUACUGUUGUUGCUGAUGCAGAUGGAUUCUUCACCGUGAGAAAUAAAAUGCUGGUGAAUGUAACAGCUGAUCACCGUAUUGUCUAUGGUGCUGACUUGGCUGCCUUCCUCCAGACCUUCUCAAAGAUUGUUGAGAACCCAGAAACCCUGACUUUGUAGAUGAUGCUCAGGUUUCUAUGCAAAGUAGUUAACACUGUGCGUGCCCUCUAAUAUGGUUGCAAGAAGAGAUUAUAGAGUCUAUUUGAAUGGAUUUACAUAGGAGCCUGAAUUUUUUUAUAGUAGACCCUCAUGUUGUAUUUCUUUUUUUUCUUUUUCUUUUUUUUUUAAAUUAAACCUGAAAAAGAGUGUUGUGUAUUCCAUUUUGUUUUGCUUUAUUAAGACUGGGAAAGAGGGAAUAAAAACUUCUUGAACAA